GUCCCUGCCCCCUGUUUUACCUUUAACUUUUUAUUAUAGUAUGACAUCAGGCGGGGCGCUGCAACACUUAAGUUCCAGAGACGGACCCUAACAUCAUCUGCGAGCGUGUUAUUGGUCCGACGCGUAAAUAACCGGGGAAAUUCGUGGAGGAAAAGUCUAAGGAUAUAUGUGUUUUUCUAAGAACGAAGUUGUACAGGAGGAGGUGAGAAGGGCAGCGGCAGAGAGUAAGAGACACAGAGGGAGAGAGGCAGGGGGAGAGAGAGUGAGUAAAAAAGAAACUCAUCGCAAUUAAUAAAGUGCUGGCAGUGGUGUCUGGAAAACUGGCCUGUUUUUUUUUUUUUGGAGGCUGGCAGUUCAAAGUUGAAACUUCAGAAAUGACUCCAGUAGACCGCUGAGAUGAUCAUUAAGGGAGGUAUAGAUCGCAUGGCUGAAGAAUCCGGGCGUCCAGGUGGAGGUCUGAAGACGAUGCUGGAUGCCAUGGAAGCCCCCAGUCAUGCCCGUCACCUCCUCCUGCAGCUCAACACGCAGCGCACCAAGGGCUUCCUGUGUGACGUCAUCAUCGUGGUGCAGAAUGCCCUCUUCCGUGCCCACAAGAACAUCCUGGCCGCUAGCAGCCUCUACCUGAAGUCCCUGGUUGUCCAUGACAACCUCAUCAACUUGGACCACGAAAUGGUGAGCCCGGGGGUCUUCCGGGUCAUCCUGGACUACAUCUACACCGGCCACCUGGGCGAAGAUGAGGCCAGGUCCGGGUCCGGCACCGAGCCCAGCCUGACGGCGGUGCUGGCUGCUGCAAGCUACCUGCAGCUCCUGGACCUGGUGGCACUGUGCAGGAAGAAGCUGAAGCACAAUGGGAAGUGCCACCUGCUUCCCACAAGUGAUGCUGCGCCCUAUGGGAGGCUUAGCGGAACAGGCCGAUGCAGGGAGUCCACCCCUGUCAUCCAGUCCUGCUUCCCCGGUGGUGUGACUAACAGCCGGGUCUCCCGUGGGCACCCACCAGAGGAGUUGGCUGGCCAUCCUCUGGUCCCGCAGCAGGGGGAGCUUUAUGCACCAGCCCCCUCCUCCCCAAGCCAGCAGGUCUACCCUGGCACUCCUCCAGGCCUUCAACCCCAGGCUAGUAUGCACACCCCCAGGCCCGAGAGGGUCCCGUCACCCUAUUUUGGACUGGACUUAUCCAAGAAGAGCCCCGAAUCGCAGUCCCAGCAGACGCCCUCCCAUCCUGUCCUGUCCCUCACCCACCUGGGGGCCGAGGCUAACGGGGGCCUCGGUCACGCAGGCAGAGACUCUGCUGACAUGGAGACUGAGGAAAGGGUGGGGUCCUUCUCCCCCAAAUCCUCCCACCCUCUCCUGGGCCAGGAGUUGCUGGCCCACCUGCCUCACCUUUACCGGCCACAUGCCCUCGGACAGGAAGUGUACUCCAUCCUGCCCGGCACUGGACCUGAUGCACCUGAGGACGGGGAGGGCCUGAGGGGCCUGUACCGCUGGGUGAAGCGUGAACCCGCCUCGUAUUCCAUGGAGGAUGAGGAGGAUGAGGAAGAGGACGAGGAGGAGGAAGAGGAUGAUGAGGACGAGGAUGAGGAAGAGCGAGGUCAGGAAGGGGCACGCCGGCGCCGGCGGCGGAAACGGGGCGGGGAGAAGCUGGGCGUCAGCGGGGAGGAUGAGAGGAGUGGCUCGGCCAGUGAGGAGACGGGCAGCAGCGAGGGCCGGCCGUCGCCCCCAGAGACGCUGGAGCGCUUCCGGCUGGCCUGUGAGCCUCAGAGCUUUGGCGAUAACCUCUACGUGUGCAUCCCCUGUGACAAGGGCUUCCCCAGCUCUGAGCAGCUCAAUGCCCAUGUGGAGGCGCAUGCCGAGGACGUCAACGGCGCCGAGCCGCCAUUUGGGCAGCCGCUGGCAGAGCCAGGCCAUGAUGAAGGCGAGGUGAAUGGGCCCGGGGAGGUCAGCCCGGUGUACCCAGGCGGCAAGCGAGUCCCGGCCGGGCCGGGGGAGACAGUGCGGCCGUACCGCUGCACUUCCUGCAGCAAGUCAUACAAGGACCCGGCGACACUGCGGCAACAUGAGAAGACGCACUGGCUGACGCGGCCGUACCCCUGCAGCAUCUGUGGCAAGAAGUUCACGCAGCGCGGCACCAUGACGCGCCACAUGCGCAGCCACCUGGGCCUCAAGCCGUUUGCCUGCGACGCCUGCGGCAUGCGCUUCACGCGGCAGUACCGCCUGACGGAGCACAUGCGCAUCCACUCGGGCGAGAAGCCCUACGAGUGCCAGGUGUGCGGUGGCCGAUUCGCCCAGCAGCGCAACCUCAUCAGCCAUAUGAAGAUGCACGGCGUGGCGGCCGCGCCCCCCCGUGCCGACCUGUCGGAGGCGGUGCACCCACUGAGCCGCUACGCUGCAGAGCGCCUGGGCCUCACCUCUGACCGCGCUGCUGAGCUGCUGUCCCAGGCCUCCCAGCGCCUACUGGCCGACACCAAGGCCUCUGAGGGCCUUUACCCGCUCUCCAAGCUGGCUGCCCAACACCUGGGGCUCCUCCAUGACAAGAUGGAGGCCCUCAGGCUGCCGACACUGGGGCCUCCAGCUCCAACGCCUGCCCCUGAGCCACGCGCCAUUGGCCGGUACUCCCCCAGCUAAGUGGUGGGGUCCCAUGACUCUUGAGUGUAGGACCCACCUCUGUGGGGGGCAGGACAGGGAGCCUCCCUGCAUUGUUUCCAUUUACUUAAAGACCAGACAAAUGAAAGAUGAGAAAAAAACAACCUGAGUGCCUUAGCAUUAAACAUCAGUCGUUCCUUGAACGUUUGAACAAUGCGCUUUCCAGGGACGGUGACAAUCAAUGCAUACCCAGCUAUUGAGCCAAAAAUAAACGAGCCAAAUACAGGAACAGAAGAGGGACCAAACAUUGGAGGUCCAAGCUCCAAAUGUAAUGGCUGUGACCUGAAGCUGUUUAACAUGUGACAUAAUAGUGACAUCAUAAUUAUGUUGUGGUGAUGUCACAGUGAAGUCGGAGACGAGGAGCUGUACGGCUUUUUUGGACGAAAUGUGGCGGGGCACUUUGUGAUGUUAUGUUGACUUGUUUAAGGUAGCGGUAAUCCUGAGCUUUCAGGUGGCCCUCGCUUUAAUACCCAGGAAUUAUGUCUGUGGUACUCUGGUUAGGGUGGAUGGGGUAGGAUUGGAGGCAUUUCCUAGCAGGGUGUACGUGUAGUGUCGCUCGUGAAUUGGUGGCGGCACCCAGCCCCUCUCACCUCGGUUCCCUUCUGCAUUGUCCCGUCUGGCCCUUCUUAUAAAGCACUUUGUUUACAGGAACCAGUCGGCCGGAUGGGUUCUGCAGCACAAUCAGUACCCCCCCCCCCCCCCCCCCCCCCAACAGUCUUGGGGAACUGAGGCUGAUGUAGCAUGGCUGCGUGCUGGGGAUCUUGGGUUCUAAACCUGGCUCACUCUUUUUUUCGGUCUGACCUGCCGUUUUUUAAAGCUUUUCACUUCGUCCUGACGGCUGGAUGGUAGAGAACCCCCCCCCCCGGGGAAACGCCAGCCAUCGUCAGGUCACGGGUGACACUUCCUAUCUGCCAAAAAAAGCUAGCAGAUCUGCGGAUUGCAGCCCCCAUGGGAAGAGGGCCCAGCUGUGAGUGUGUGUCCUCAAAGAACCUAUGAUUCUGUUUUCAGCCCUGUGUCGAUGGUAGACGCGUCUCCCCAAAAUGUAUGCGUCAGCUGUGUCCUCCUUUUACCGGGUGGCACUCGACUCGACGUGCCAGGGAGCCCACAUGUGGGCAACAGCAAGCAUGCCAGAAUCGCUGCAGAAAUAAAGCUGAUUUGCUCUCAGUUCGGCCUGCCCCACUGUUAUGCAUCCCACUAUGCACUUGGGGCUGUUCAGAUUGCUAUAACUGCUUAUCAAUGGGCAUGAAAGCAGUUGGUGUCUCACCAGUGAGCUUGCCAGACCUUCAGGUUGCUGGCUCUAGCAUCUCACUGGUAAUUAAAGAAUGGACCCCUGUCACAUGACUUCUUUCUUCAGAGACCUCCUGUCAUAUGACUUCUUUCUUCAAAUACUCCUGUCACGUGACUUCUUUUUUCAAAUACUCCUGUCACAUGACUUGUUCUUUUGUCAAUUAUACAUGAUUUUCAUAGCAAGUAAUGUGAUCAGAAAUGGAUAAAAGCAUCCAAAAUGUAUAAUAUAAUUUCACAGAAAGAGAUGAAUGAAACAGAGGGAAUUGAAAAGAGGAAAGAAACAGGGAGGCCAACUAGAUGUAAAGAUGUGAAAGCAAUGAGUGUUUAUUAAUCUCUGACAUUAUUAAUGUUAAAAUGAGUGAUUUUGACUUUUAAACGACGACACCUCCAUGCACUUGUUUGAUGGAACACAGUGUCAAAGGACCAAAGAGAAAGUGUUUUUCUCCUGUAACUCGCUCCAAUUAUUUUCAUUUAAAACCAUGAAUGUAAUGGGAUUUACUGCAUAACAGUCGCCUUUGUAUCGCUUUUAGUUGUGAAUUAACUUUUUAUCACUUUGCAAUAUGAAAUACAAAUAUAUUUUUAUUGGGUGCAAAUGCCACAGUGAAAUUGUAAAUAUAUAUAUAUAUUUUGGUCGCAUGUAUUCAGGAUGAAAUUGGCAAUAAAAAUGACAGCAAAUUAA